UAUGUGAGAUACGUGUGGUCCCGAGGCGUUUGGGCCCCACGUUCCUCGAGGCAUGUCCUUUUACUAUAUAAUCGAAUCUUAUAGCUUCUCUUGUUCUUUCACCAAUCGUCAUUUUUACUUAUCUUUGUUGAGGAAAAGAGAUUCCCUCACCGGUCACCAGAAUAGUCACCGGAGAUUAACAGAAGGAAUGGCGUCCUUGAAGUUUCCGUUGGAGAUUCUUGCCGUCUUCGUCAUCAUCUCGGUGAUUCUCUUGCCGGUUGCUCAUGCGCAAUCACCUUCGCCAGCUCCCGCACCAACCAGCGACGGAACAUCGAUAGAUCAGGGGAUAGCGUUUGUUCUAAUGAUGGUGGCUUUGGCGUUGACUUAUUUCAUUCACUGAACUUGAUGAAUCCAUCCACAACAAUGGUUUUGUUUCCUAGUGUUUGUUUUCUUUUCUUGUGACGUGAGAUUUGUAGGAAAAUGAAAAAAAAAAAGAAGAGAGAAUUAUGUUUUGGCAUCAUGCUUUUGUUCUGUUUUUGUUGGUUGGAUUAUUCGUUGUAACAUUUUUUAAUUAUUUUUUUUUAAACA